CACCGGACUGUAGUUGUGACGUAUGUUAGUGUUGGUUUCAGUUGAGAGUAUUUAACUUCUGGAAACCGGUGCAGGAGUCUUAUGCACACUCGUCAUGAUGUGGACCGCGCUUAUAUUGCUGGGACUCGCGGUUCUUUUUCUCUACGCGAGACGCACAAGACGAAGAAAUGAACCUCCUCUUGACAAAGGAAUGAUUCCUUGGCUUGGUCACGCGCUUGAGUUUGGAAAAGAUGCUGCUAAAUUCCUGACCAGGAUGAAACAGAAGCACGGAGACAUUUUUACAGUGUGUGCAGCUGGACAAUACGUCACUGUUCUGCUGGACUCAAACUGCUAUGAUGAAGUCCUGUCAGAUGUGGUCUCGCUUGACCAGACUGGCUAUGCUCAGGUCCUAAUGAAGAGAAUCUUCAGCCUAAAUUUGCCCAAUCACAACCCUGAAUCUGAGAAGAAAAGAGCCGAGAUGCAUUUUCAGGGGACAGCUUUGACCCAACUUUGCAGCUCAAUGCAGAACAACCUCCACUUACUCAUGACCUCUUCAGAAAUGGGCCUUAAGAUAUCUGAGUGGAAAAAAGAUGGACUCUUCAAUUUUUGCUACAGCUUGCUCUUCAAAACUGGCUAUCUCACUGUGUUCGGCGCAAAGAACAAUAGUGCGGCGCUAACAGAAGUUUAUGAGGAGUUUCGCCGGUUUGACAAGUUUUUGCCUAAACUGGCUCGAACUACUGUAAACAAAGAGGAGAAAAAGAUUGCAAAUUCAGCCCGGGAAAAACUGUGGAAAUGGCUGACUGUGUCAUGUUUAGAUAGAAAACCAGAACACCAGUCAUGGGUGGGAAACUACGUACAGCAACUUCAGGAUGAAGGCAUUGAUUCUGAGACUCAGAGGAAAGCAAUGCUGCUUCAGCUAUGGGUCACACAGGGAAAUGCAGGCCCUGCUGCAUUCUGGGUACUGGGCUACUUACUCACCAACCCUGAAGCUCUAAGGGCUGUGAGAGAGGAAAUCCAAGGUGGAAAGCACCUCCGUUCAGAAGAGAGACAGAAAAACACUCCAGUGUUUGAUAGUGUUCUUAGGGAGACACUGCGUCUAACUGCAGCUGCUCUCAUCACUAGAGAAGUGGUGCAAGAUAAGAAGAUUCAUUUAAGCAAUGGUCAAGAUUACCAACUCCGACGGGGCGAUCGUCUGUGCGUUUUCCCCUUCAUCAGCCCUCAAAUGGACCCGCAGAUCCACCAACAGCCAGAGAUGUUCCAGUUUGACCGCUUCCUUAAUAAAGAUGGAUCAGAGAGAAAGGACUUCUUUAAGGAAGGGACGAGGAUGAAAUAUCCUUCCGUGCCCUGGGGGACCAAAGGCAACCUGUGUCCAGGACGGCAUUUUGCAGUUAGUGCAAUUAAAGAGCUUGUGUUCACAAUCUUGACUCAAUUUGAUCUGGAGCUAUGUGACAAGAAUGCAACGCUGCCAUUGGUAGACCCCAGUCGAUAUGGUUUCGGCAUUCUUCAACCUGCGGGAGAUCUAGAGAUCCGUUACAGAAAAAGAUCUUGACAGUGCUAAUAUGCCAAAUCUUAUUAAAACUGUACAGAUAACAAUAGCCUUUUUUACAACAAUGUUUUUAACAAUGUCUUGAAUACUUUUUGCAAUAAUAAAUAUUGUAUUUUUUUAAA